AAAAAAUUAGUUAAAUAUUAAAAAAUAAAAAAAUAAAUCAUUUAAAUAUUUGUCUAAAAAAAUAUGGACCUACCCCUACAAACCCAUCACCGCCACCCUUCUUCCCUAGUCCACCCGUCUCCCUCAACCUUCCUUCACUCACCACCAAAACCAGAGCCCCUCUUCCACAGUCGCCCUCACCCGCCAAUCACCACCCUCUUUCGUUGGACCACCCAGCUCGAAUGGAGUCUCAGCGCACCACCCAGCUCGAACUCCUCUUUUACCUCCAAUCCCAAAACGUCCCAGCCUCCUCUCCUGGACCCCAAACCCAACCUCAGAAACCCGAUCGAACCCGCUUUCCCUUCGACCCCAGAACCUCAACAAAGCCACCUCUGUCGAUUUCAAGAUCUCCAAAGCCUUGCAGCAACGAUCAGUCCCUAGUGUCGUCACCCAAGAUGAUGCUAGGUCUGAAUUCAAAUCUAAACCCAAAUCCGACAAACAGGAACAUUAGGAAGAUUGUUGCCCAAGAUGUCCCCAGUGACAUUGCCCAAGAUGAUGCUCGCUUGAUUGUCCGUGUAAAGACUGACGAACACGCCACCGUGUGUUCGAAACAUAAGGGAAAGAGAAAGAUGGAUGCAUGGGGAUUUGCUGGUGGCGGUGGCAGAGGUGUCAAAGGGGCGUAGCAACAUAGCACACCCAGUUUGCGAAAUUCUGGGAUUUGAUUUGUUUGAGUAAAUUAACCAAAUUGGGGACUGAAAUGGUAAAAUAAUAAGUAGUGAAUAAUUUGGGCUGAAGAGCAGCAGGGAGAGAGGGUGGUGAUUGGUGGGUGAGGGCAGCGGUAUGGGAGGGAGUUCUGGUUUUGGUGGUGAAGGAAGAAAGGUUGGGCAGAGACCUGUGGAGUUGGGAAAAAGGUUGAGGGUGAUGAGUUUGUAGGGAUGGGUUCCAUAUUUUUUUAUAAAAUAUUUAAACGAUUUAUUUUAAUUUUUUCAUAUUUAAUAAAUUUUUAAUUCAGUUGGGUUAGGGGAUGGGUUCUGCCUUAAGCCA